AUGGCUGAACUUGGUCCGGAACACCCAAGGAAUUUGAUUCCAGAAUUAUGUAAUCAAUUCUAUCAUUUAGGAUGGGUAACUGGAACUGGUGGGGGUAUCUCUAUUAAGCAAGGGGAUAAAAUUUACAUAGCGCCAUCUGGAGUGCAAAAGGAGCGCAUGAAAUCUGAUGACCUGUUUGUGCAAACUAUCAAUGAUGAGGAUCUUGAAUUACCACCUCCAGAGAAAAUGUUAAAGAAAAGUCAGUGCACUCCUCUAUUCAUGUUGGCGUACAGAGAGCGCGGCGCCGGCGCAGUCAUACACACACACUCGCCUCACGCAGUGCGCUGCACUCUACUAUAUGACAAGGAGUUUGUCAUCACGCAUCAGGAGAUGAUCAAGGGUAUAAAAGAUGCUACCCUAGGCCGCUAUCUCCGCUACGAUGAAAAGUUGGUAGUACCGAUUAUAGAAAACACUCCGUUUGAGAAGGACCUGGCGGGUUCCCUCGGCGAGGCGUUGCGACAGUACCCAGGGACAAGUGCAGUGCUGGUCAGAAGACACGGAGUCUAUGUGUGGGGUGAUACUUGGCAACAGGCUAAGACUAUGACCGAGUGCUACGACUACUUAUUCGAGAUGGCUGUGGAAAUGAAGAAAUUAAAUCUGGACCCAGCCUUUGUGCCAGAGAAAUGA